GUUGGCACACAGGGGCCAGACCUCUUUUCUCGGUAGAAAGGGUAAAGUCAUCCAACGCAACCUGGCGUUCUUAUCACCUCAGCCGACUUCUGAUAAUCUGUUUCUGGCAGUAAGCAGUGAAGUGUAAACAUUACUCAAACCUCAGUAAUGUUCCUGGAGCAAAACACACACACAGGCUUUUUGUGUAAGUCAGAUGGGUCUGUGGUUGCAUCAAGUUUGAACGGAGGGAUGCCAGUGGAGAGCGGGAGUAGCGCUGCUGCCCGCCAGGCCAAGCAGAAGAGGAAGUCCCACAGCCUGUCCAUCCGCAGGACCAACAGCACUGAGCAGGACCGCUCUGGCCUGCAGAGAGACAUGCUGGAGGGACAGUCCUCUGAUAAUCUGGAAUCCUUCAUGAGAAUGGAGGACUCCAAGCUGCCUCUGUCUCUGAGGAGCAAUCUGCUGGACCUGUUCAGUCAGAUCGAGAGGGAGUUUGAAAACCUCUACAUAGAAAACCUCGAAUUACGCAGAGAGAUUGAAACACUGAAUGAUCGCUUGGCUGCAGAGGGACAAACAUUUGAAGGGGCGGAUUUAGCAAAAGGAGCACUUAAAACAAAAGCGAGCCACAGCACCAGCCAGCUCUCUCAAAAGCUGAAGACGACCUACAAGGCCUCAACGAGCAAGCCGCGUUCAAAUUCUUGCCAUGCCAGAGUAGGUGGAUCCCGCAACUUCAGCGUAACCAGCUGGGAGUUGUGGGGUGGAGACUCAUGGAUUGUGUCCAGUUUCAAAGCGACCACGUCCAGAGCGGUGUGCCAGCUGGUCAAAGAGUAUGUGGGUCACAGGGACGGCAUCUGGGACCUCAGCGUCACCAGGACCCAACCUGUGGUGCUCGGGACAGCGUCUGCAGACCACUCUGCUAUGCUGUGGAGCAUUGAGACGGGAAAGUGCCUCCUCAAAUAUAUGGGUCACCAAGGAUCAGUGAACUCCAUCAAGUUCCACCCCACUGAACAGAUGGCUCUAACAGCAUCUGGAGAUCAGACAGCUCACAUCUGGAGAUACAUGGUGCAGCUGCCGACUCCACAGCCUGUUGCUGAUAUCAGCCAGCAGUCACCCUGUGAAGACGACGUGGACUUCUCAGACAAAGAUGAGGCCGACGGCGAGGCGGAGGGGCCGAACGACUGCCCUUCCAUCCGUGUGGCGACUACAACUCUCCGCAGCCAUCAGGGUGUGGUGAUCGCUGCUGAUUGGCUGGUUGGGGGCAAACAGGUUGUGACGGCUUCCUGGGACCGAGCCGCCAAUCUGUACGAUGUGGAGACGUCAGAGCUGGUCCACUCACUCACUGGGCACGACCAGGAGCUGACCCACUGCUGCACACACCCCACCCAGCGUCUGGUAGUCACCUCGUCCAGGGACACCACCUUCAGGCUGUGGGACUUCAGAGACCCGUCCAUCCACUCUGUCAACGUGUUCCAGGGGCACACUGAGUAA